AUUGCGGUGUAGAGGUUAAGAAUUUCCGUAUAGUUGAUAGUAAACAUUCUUUAAAUUUGUUGAUAAUUUUUUUAAUAUAUAACAAAAUACUUUUAAUUACAAUUAAUUUAAAAUUAUCAAGUUCAAUCAUUACAUAUCUUCUAAUACAGUUUGGAAUAAAUGAAUAUUUGUGUUGUUCGUUUUAAGGUUAAUAAUAUUAAUUAACCAAUUUAAGCAAAAAAUUUAUCAUUAUUAGUUAACUAUUUAUACGAAAAUUAAAAAUGACUCCUCCAAUGGAAAGGAUUCAAAUUUUAGAAUCAAUUGAAAAAGAUAUUAUCAUUUGUUUACAAAGUGCUGGUCAAGCAUUUAUGGAGUUAAGCAAAGAGAAAUCUAGUUUAAAACAAGCGGAGGGACAGACUCAUCAGUUUUUAAAGACAUUGGGUCAAGUUGAAUCUAAAUUGAGUGAACAAAUUAAUUAUCUCACUCAAGUAUCGACAGGACAACCACAUGAAGGAUCCGGAUAUGCAAGUCAGAAAGUGCUACAAAUGGCUUGGCAUAGACUGGAACAUGUCCGAAGUAGAGUAAAUGAAUUAGAACGUAUUAAAAAUAAACAUCUUCACGGAAGGGCAAAUAUCAGACCUACACAACCUGCUGCAAGUGCACAAGUACAAAUGCCGCAAUCUAAUACAUCUUAGUAGUAAUUAAUGAUUUUUGUCUUGGAAAACAAUAAAUUAUUAACUGAUUAAUAACGGAUUAUACAAAUAAAUAAUUUCAUAAAAAUCGUUUACAUUAACUGCACCUCUACGUUUAUAAAAUUCUUUGGCAGGGUUAGAUUUCAAAGUCAGAAAUUGAAGUCGAGCACAACCCUCACUUUUGGCUCUCUAAAAAUUAUUUUUCUAAAUCAUUCCAUAAAUCCAACUUUUAAAUAAUGAAAAAAAAAAUGUAUUUACUUUUUUUACAGCAUCAU